CAAGAUUCAACGCCUUCACCACGCUACAACGUGUCCAGUGUGUCCAGCCUGUCCAGCCUGUCCAGCCUGUCUGCCUGUCUGCCUGUUCAGACUGUGUGCGGCACCACAGUACAAGGGCAGCAAGCAGACUGCUGGCCUGUUUCACGAGCGGCGCGGCCGAAUCGGGGCUUUUCCAAGCCUGAUUGUUUUGGAUUGAUCUGAACAUGGAGCUCUGAAUCACGACCCCAUCAAGCUCCACACCUGCCCCAAGGGUACCAGGGCACCCAGGGCCCCAGGCCACCCAGCUGGCAUGGCACCAAGGAAGGGUCCGCCGACGGCCCCGUGAACUGCCAGACUGCCAGACUGCCAGACUGCCAGACUUUGUGAGCCAAUACUUCCUGCAGCGAGUGUCCUCGGUACGGAGUACCUCUGUACCACCAAUGCCCAAAAGCCGUUGCGGAUCCAUGCGUUGUGCUGGUGGCCCCCCUCGCAAUAAGCAAUCACGCCCCCCUUCCUCACGCCUGACGUUUAUGCCCCACCCUCGCUACGUCUCACGAGCAAUUCUUGGGGCCAUUUUACUUUCUCAGACAAGACUGCCUGCCUGCCUCAAUCUCAAUUCACGUCUGCAUCUGCAUCUGCAUCUGCCUCUGCCCUUCUGCCCUUCUGCCCUUCUGCCCUCUGCCCUUUCCCACCUCUCCUUAUUGCUAUUUUAUUAUUAUUAUCUUGUCACUAUUCGGGACUUCGUCAUAGUGCAUACAGUCCUAAUUCACUCUUUGAACGGCCCCUCGAGCUCGAGACCCGCUCCUACCAGGGAGACAGACUCGCUCAAUCAGUUCCUACCCGCGUUUCUCCAUCUGCACGCCAUCCCUCCACCCGUGGUCUGCCACUUCGUUGCUGGGCAAAUCGGCCCCUUUUUAUUUACUUUAUACCCCCCCGGCUCGUGAGGCACCGAGUUCCAGUCACUGGUCGCGCCUCGAAACACGUCACUUAACCCGUUCUCUUUUUUUUUCUCUGUCCAUCUUCUCUCCCCCCCUCUCGAGCUCUCUUGCUUCUCUGGAUUUGCUGGCACAUCGACAAAACUCGCGAGACCUCCAACUCCUUGUUGGCAUUUGUGUGCUGUGGUUAGCUUCGCUGCUCACCAUCCCUCAGACAUACACAACAUAUCCAUUCCACCCCCAACAACCCUUGCCAAGCCCUGCCCUGCUCGCCUGCCUGCACUACCGGCACCGCCUACUUCCAACAUGGCCGCCACCCACCGCGAACGAUCCCAGACCCCUCCUCCUGGUGCCAAGCCAAGUGCUGCCCUGGGAGCAGACCUCGCAGACUUUGACGACAUAUCACCACGCUCCGUCUCGGCUGCUUCCACUGCCUCGUAUGGCUCACACUCCACAAGGGCGUCCAUCGGCAGCGACUCCUCCGGCUCCACCGCCAGCCGACACUCCUCAGCAAGCUUCCUUGCCACCGCCAGGAAUCCAGCCCUCAACCUGGGCCCUACAGAGAAUGUCAGGCACUCGACAGGAAACUUUGGUGUGGCCGGCAAGCCCGUCCCGAGGAAGAGAGGCUACAUGAGGCCCACCGGCACCGACUUUGCAACUUCCGCAAGGAGCAGGGACAGCGUGCUGAGCCUCGGCAGCAUCGCACAUCUUCAGUACUACUUUGCACGCACCGGGCUGCUGGACGGGAAGGGCGCACAGCUGGCCCGCAAGAACAGGCAGGCAAAGGCACAGACACUCGACUUCAGCAGCCUGAGCUCGUUCGAUUUUGCAACAGCCUCCGGUAACACGCCGAGGAUCGUGACGUCGGACGCCGAGUCGGGCUACUUGGGCACCAGCCCGGACAUGGGAGGCUCACAUUUUGGUAUCGACAUGACCGACAGCCCCACGGCCGACGAUGACGACGAGCUUGACUUUGACGAGUGGGAGGAGCCCGACCCCAAUGUCCUGCCUCCCACGACCAGCACGUACAAGCACAGGGAGAAGCCGCUUCCCAAGCCGCCUUCCAUCCGUCAGCUCAAGGCUGACCUCAGGACGGCACUGACCAUGGCAGGCGAGGCGGUGGACUAUGCCAAGAAAAACAGGGUCAACCCGUACGAAGGCGAGAGCCGGUCGCGGGCGCAGUCCAACGUCUCCGUCACCUCGCUGACUGACUCGCCUACGCCCCCGUCUCACGCGCGCCAGCUCUCCAAGGCGACGAUUCAGGCGCCCGGCUGGUUCGAGGUCCAAGGUAUGCACGUGCUGGAUGUCAUGACCCUGGCAAUCCGCGCCGCAAAGGUCUACUACACCUCGCACGACGCCCCCGAGCGGCUCGACUCGAUCAAACCGGAGAAGGAGCUGCGCAAGGAGCUCUUUAACGUCAUGGAUAUGCUCAAGCGUAUGGCGACACGGGACUUCCAGGGCGGCAUGCGGGACGAUGAGGUCAAGAUUAUGGAGGAUUGGACGGCGGGGCUGUUCCAGAUGCUCAAGGAGGAGGAGGAGCUCGAGGCUGCCGAGGCCGAGGAGCGCGCAAGCUGGACCUGGCUCAAGGAUGAGGACUGGCCCGCUGGCACCGAGGUGCAGAGGGAGUACGCCUUCAUUCUGAGCAUGCUGGACGGCCCCUCCAACACGACCAAGGCCCCGGCCCCUGACGGUAGCACUAUGGAAGUCCCUGCGCUGCCUGAGUGGAUGCCCAUUGACCGCUCCAGGCCCUUAGAGGAACAGGACCUACCAAACCCGUUCCUGGAGAGCCUGCAGAACGGGCUGCGCCUGGUCCAGCUGCACAACGCCGCGGUGCGUAAGUCGCGCCGUCGGUUCGGCAUGAUCGGCACUUUCCACACCGACACUCAGAAGCCAUACAGGUGCGCCGACAACAUCCGCUACUGGGCCAAGGCCGCUGAGCUGAGGUGGGAGGUCACCGGUCUUAAGGUCGACGCCCUGGGCCUGGUCUACAACAGCAGCCCCGAAGUCUGGGUUCAGUUCGAGGACGCCCUGCUCACCUGGUGCCGGAAGGUCCGGGAGGAGAUCACGGCCGACCUGUCCCGGCCGCCAACAAGAGUCGGCCCCCCGGCGUGGUUGCCCACCAAGAAGCAAUCACAGUCACUUCCUGAGCCUGAGUUGCUGACGGAGGAAUAAAGGGGGCCUAGACUCUGAGCCCCAUCUCCGGCAGAGGGGCUCGCCAGCCGACAUACGGAUUUCCUUCUUCCAAAUCACACAUUCGCUUCUCCUACCAACGCGCAGAGCGUUUGCGGCAUACUACAAAGCUUUAAUUGCCACGUGCCGACGCUCCACGACAGAACCAUCAUUGCACAGAGGAAGACCUCGGCAAUCGAACCAUCUCACACAAGAACGAGAAAUUUCAAAUGGCGGGAAAUAACAAUUACUACUUGGGAUUUUGAAUGUCAACUUCAUGUGGCACGCGGAUUAUCUUCUGACCAGAAUUCACCAACGCCCACGAGACCAUUACAGGGAAGGUCAGGCUCCGCAACACCACAAUCUUACAUUCGCUGCAUAUAAUUUUGUUUUAAUCUUCAUCCCUACGCGGACACACGCCUUGGUCGGAAUAUGCUUCACUUACGAAGGGACUUGUCGUUUGGCUCUGGGGGAAUGUCCUCUUUGUUUCUUCCUAGGACAAAACACGGCGUGAAGGAUUUGGGAGUGGGGGCGGGCGGAGUGUUGCAAAACUACUUGCCCGUACCUUUUUUUUUGUUCUCAUCUUUCCAUUCAUUUUAUCACAAUAUCGACAACACACCAAAUUGCAUAGCGGAAUUUCACUGCCGUUCAGAAAAGAACGUUGGCAGCUUUUGGGAGGGAAAGGGAAUGGUCUUGUUGGUCUCCAAAAAAGGUGGUAGACGGCAACCCCAUCGGUUCAAAGGAAAAUCCUCGCCUUCUGUUUUUCUUUUGUUGCCCCCACAGACAGGAUUUGAUUUUCCGGGAUCUCUUCAGCCCAUGAUAUACCCGCAGUCUACUGCAAGUCUAAUGGAAAGAUUACCAUUGAUACUGGUACUUUGCUGACAUUCGCACUUUUAUCGUUUUCUCA